AUGAUACUUCAUGCCGACUUGGGGGUAGUUGGUAUCAAUGCGCCGAAACCCUCCACAUGCGUUCGUAUACAGGUUGCUGUACCGUACCUGCAUGCGAUAGUGGAUGUCCUGAAGGCCACGAUCGCACGCCGCCGCGAAGUAAUGGUCCGUACAUUUUCACCUUAUACAAUUGAGGCAUGUCCAGGCUAUAAUUUUGACCUGAUAGAGCGCCGUGGACAUCGAUCGUACUUAUGUUUGCGCAAGCUCAAGGAGACGUAUAUCUCAAUCAUCGCUGAAACUUCUCUAGAGACACUAUCAACCGGAACGUCUUCUACGUCUGACCUGUUCAUCUCGCCGAGCUCGCCAUUGGUACAAAUAGCGACCAUCGUUACGGUUUCUGCGGGUAAAACUUUGUAUACCACAAUCACUGAAUACUCGGCGCCAAUCUCACAGUCAACCUCCGAUCUAGUAUCUGCCGACCAAGAUUCAAGCAGUAAAGAACAUAUGGGCGCGAUAGUAGGAGGUACAUUGGGCGGUGUCGUGCUGCUGGCUGCAGCUGUCUUCCUACUAUUCCUUCUGCGUAAGAGAAGACGCACGAAAGAAGAGCGAAGGGCUACGAUUUCUCCAGCAUAUCCGGUAAUACAAGGAGGAGAAGAUAUGUCGGAACAGCUGACUGGCACCCCAAUCAGUAGUGCUGGGACGAAAAACAUCGCUGGUGAUUCAGCUCAUACAAGCUCUGAAUCUGUCCCUCAACUAGACGGCAUCGCAAUAAUACCACCGAAUGAGAUUGGUUCAGAUGCGCUUGGCAUCAUUCCAGAGCUCCCCGCCAACGAGAAGGACUCGUCUAAAACAUCAAGAACGUCGAAAGUAGCUGAGGUCCCUCAAGCAGGAAAUUCCAACGGCGGGCGUGUAUGUCGCGAUCCGAACAACCAUGUUAUGAGCUGGGCAAAUCUCAACUCUAUGGGCAACCGAAACGCGAUGUCCCGGCUCUCUCAACCGCAUGCGAUUCCCGAAGGUGGUGUGUGGGAAAAUAUGAGUCCUACCAAGAAUAUGUAG